GAAGUCGUAGUCCAGGUCAUCCCAGGGGUCGAGCUGUCGGAGGCGGAGCCAGGACUGCACAUCAUGGCCGGGCUGGAGCUCCUGUCCGAUCAGGGUUACCGGAUAGACGGUCGCCGCGCGGGGGAGCUGCGCAAGAUCCAGGCGCGGAUGGGCGUGUUUGCGCAGGCCGAUGGCUCGGCUUAUAUCGAGCAGGGCAACACCAAGGCGCUGGCGGUGGUCUACGGGCCUCACGAGAUCCGGGGCUCCCGGUCUCGAGCCCUGCCUGACCGGGCUCUAGUGAACUGUCAGUACAGUUCAGCAACCUUCAGCACAGGUGAGCGCAAGCGGAGGCCUCAUGGAGACCGGAAGUCUUGUGAGAUGGGGCUGCAGCUACGCCAGACCUUCGAGGCAGCCAUCCUCACACAGCUGCACCCACGCUCUCAGAUCGACAUCUAUGUGCAGGUGCUGCAAGCAGACGGCGGGACCUAUGCAGCAUGUGUGAAUGCAGCCACACUAGCAGUGAUGGAUGCUGGGAUACCUAUGCGGGACUUUGUAUGCGCAUGUUCAGCUGGCUUUGUGGACGGCACAGCACUAGCGGACCUCAGCCACGUGGAGGAAGCAGCUGGAGGGCCCCAGCUCGCGCUGGCCCUGCUGCCGGCCUCCGGUCAGAUCGCACUGCUUGAGAUGGACUCGAGGCUACACGAAGACCACUUGGAGCAGGUGCUGGAGGCUGCUGCCCAGGCGGCCCGAGAUGUGCACACUCUGCUGGAUCGUGUGGUCCGACAGCAUGUGCAGGAGGCCUCUGUCUCACUGGGGGACUGAGUGGCAACCACCCCUAUCCAGAAUAAAGCCUGUUCCUCUCC